AAACAUUAAACAACGUGCAAGUAAACAAGUGCUAUUAAUUUGAAAAAUACAAAAAGAAUUUUCACUUUUUUAAAACAAAUUGUCUUAUAGAGUACAUCUGUAAAUAAAUUUACAAAAAUUAUUACAAUUUUUUCAUAAUAUAGAAGUUUUUGCUUGAAAAUAAAAAUGUCAUAUGCAAAUUAAAUAAAUUAUAAAUUAAAAGUGUGUUAAUUACUUUUAAAUUUAUUAAAAAUAAAUUAAAUAAACUACCAAGAAAAAGUGAACUAUAAACAUGUCGAAAAUUGUUAAAUUAUUCAAAAGUAAAAAAGACAAACCGCCAAAAGCGGAGAUUAUAACGGAGCCAAAGGAACCGCAACAACCAUUAACAAAAUGUGGAAAACCUUUAAUUUUGGACAACACACGCUGGGAGAAAAGACUACAAAAGGAAUUGAUGUCAUUGAUUAAGGAGCCGCCACCAGGAGUUUCAGUCGAUACUGACAGUAUAGCCACCAACUUAACAGAAUGGAAAAUAAACAUAGAUGGUUUCGAAGGAACUCUAUAUGAGGGUGAACACUUUCAGCUAUUAUUUAAAUUCAAUAAUAAAUAUCCAUUUGACUCGCCGGAAGUUACAUUUAUUGGCAAUAAUAUACCAGUACAUCCGCAUGUCUAUUCAAAUGGUCAUAUCUGCCUUUCAAUAUUAACAGAAGACUGGUCACCGGCCCUAUCCGUUCAGUCGGUGUGUUUAAGCAUAGCAUCAAUGUUGAGCAGUUGUCGUGAAAAGAAACGUCCCCCAGAUAAUACCCUAUAUGUGAAGACAUGCAAUAAAAAUCCCAAGAAGACUAAAUGGUGGUACCAUGAUGAUUCUGUUUAGUUAUUUGAUAAAUUAGAGCCCAUUGUAUGGGCCGUACUGUGUUAUCCGUUCGAGGUGCUGAGUCAUGAGUUAAAACAACAAAUCAAUGAAAUCACUAUUAAGCAUAAAUUGUCUGUGAAAAAAUUUCGCCAGCGUUUAAAAAAGUUACUGUUAAAACGUUUCAAAAUCAAUAGAAAAACGUUUGUGAAAUUAAAAACACAUAAAAAACACAUAAUUACAUAAUAUUACACAUAUAUAUUUAUGUUACGUUUCUAUUAAGGUCAUGUACUAUUAUUUAUAUAUCUUAAAAAUAAAAAAUCAUACCCAUUCAUACAUCAAAAUUUAAAAUUACAUAUUCGAAAUUCAAAAGAUCUUAAAAAUAGCAACUACAUAAAAACAAAAAUCAAUUAUACUUAUUCAUGAAUAUAUAAUAUAUAGAAUCAUAAUAUAAAAUAAUCUUAUUUUAUUUUAUAUACCAUACUUACAUACAUACAUACAUACAUAUAGACACGUAUACAUAUAUACAUACGCAUUCGUGUAAAAAUAAUUCUAAUGCAGAAAUAAUAUAAAAUGUUUUUAGUGUUUAAAACUAUUUAAAAGCAAAACAAAAGAUAAAAAAAGAAAAUAAAAAACCGCAAUUAUUUUUAAAUUAUAAUAUCUAAUUAUUGUAUCUAUGAUUUUGUUGCUUUAAUCGAAAGUAUUAUUCAUUCAAAUGCAUACAUGAAUUAAAGCUAUAAUUAUGGGAUGUUGUGUAUACAUUUUUAUUUUAUUUUUCUUUUAAAUACUAUCCUUAUUAACUAUCUAUCUAUCAACAUAAAUAUAUUGUGUUUUGGCUAAAAAUUAAUAAGAAUAAAAAACAAUGCUGCCACAUUCCAAAUUAAUUAUUACACAAAUGUUCUUAUUGUAAAUACAUAUACAUAUAUAUAGCAACAAAAUCAUAUUAGUAUUUAUUAUAAAAAAAAUUAACAAACGAAAUGUAAAACGUUUCUAAAAUCAUAAAAAUGUACCUUGUUUCUUCUCUUCAUUUUUUUCGAGUUUCUCAUAUGCACACUCAUUUCAUUUAUUCCUUAAUAAAUUAUAGUUAUGACUUAUAAAGUUUAAGUAAAUACAUAAUUAAUUAUGAUUAAUAAUAAAAACAAACAAACAAACCUAA